AUGGAGGAGGAGCUUCCGAGGCUGUUGGUGGACCUUAGGAAUGAAUGGGCAGUGCAAAGUCUGGUCCUUUUUAGCUUCGCACUGCAAGUAUUUCUGCUCAUGUUCGCUUGGAUCCGUCGGCACAGCGUGUCUACUUUCGCAAGGUUGCUCCUGUGGCUGGCUUACCAGCUGGCCGACUCUACAGCACUCUUCACUCUUGGGCACCUUUCAAUUAGCAGCAAGCUGCCGGAGCACCAGCUGGUGGCGUUCUGGGCCCCAUUCCUGCUGGUGCAUCUCGGCGGGCAGGACACCAUCAGCGCCUACUCCUUCGAGGACAACCGGCUGUGGUUGCGGCACCUUGAGACUCUUGUCUUGCAGGUGUUGGCAGCUGCCUAUGUCCUCUACAAGUAUAUGCCCAGCAGCGAGACGUUGGUCAUAGCUGCCGCCGUCUUGAUUUUUGUUGUCGGUAUUCUCAAGUAUGGGGAGAGGAUCUGGGCGCUGAGAUGCGCCAGCUUUGACAACAUGUGGAGCUCUUUUGACCAGUCGGAUGCCAGCGCUCGUGAAAGCCAAAGUGACAUCCUUCUCCGCCAAGUACUGGAAAGAAGGUUCUUCAUGAGAGAGGACGCGGAGGUGAUUCUGAUGGGAGCUCACGGCAUGUUCGAUGUAUGCAAGGGACUAUUCAUCGGCAUCCGGACAGAGCGUUCCAAGUAUAUGAGCGACGUCUUGCGGUCCUUCCAAAUGUAUGGCCGCCUGGACAAGUUGAUGGAGAUGGAGCUAUCCCUCAUGUAUGACAUCGUCUACACAAAGGCCAGCGUGAUCCACACAUGGUAUGGAUGGCGCAUCCGUAUCAUUUCACUGAUUGCCACGGUUGCUGCCUGCUGUCUGUUUCAGCUCAGCAACAAGCAUGGCCACGACAAGAAAGACGUGGCCAUCACCUACGUCUUGUUGGUUGGGGCCUUGAUCCUGGAGGUGAUAUCCAUGGCGAGGGCGCUCAUGUCCACCUGGACACGUGUCCUGUUGAACCAAAAGAACUGGCCCCGGCUCUACUACGAGCUUCAGUCUGUCCGGCACCUUCUUAGGGCUACAAGGCAUAGGAGGUGGUCAGGUUAUCUAGGGCAGUUCAACUUAUUCCAAUCUGUCGCCCAUGACGCAGUGAAGCCGAUGACUGGCAUGUCGACGGCAAGGUUUCUGGGUCUGGAGCUCUUGGUGGAGCAAUGGUGGGACGAACUGCACCACUCUCAGUCCACCGAGCUUUCAGAGUCUAUCAAGGAGAUGGUCCUGAGAGAGAUACUUGAGAUGGGAAAUCGUCGUGAGGACAUUGGCUCAAAGCCGGGUCUGGAGACACUAGAACGUUUGUUGCUGGACGAGUGUGUCAGCUGGAGCAUCCGAGACAUGGAGUUUGAGGACAGCAUUAUGGCCUGGCAUAUCGCUAGCGAGAUCUGCAUGUUCAAUGACCACAGCAACAAGGCAAGUCUGCUAGAUGCGAUCAGGGUGCUCUCCAACUACAUGAUGUUUCUCCUUGUGCUACGACCCUACAUGCUGCCCGGACCUGUCCGGCGCAGCCGCUACGUCCAUCUCCGUGACGAGCUGCAUGGGGUGAUGCAGAUUGCGACAGGAGACUCGGCCGAAGAGCGACGUAGGUGGGCACUUCGGAAGGGGUUAUCUGCUCAUAUGAAUUCCUUAGAUCCUCCUGCACAUUACGACACCGGAGUAAGACUUGGCGAUGUGCUCUGCCGCCGACACGACAGGCUGGACGUGAUCUUCAAAGUGUGGGUAGAGAUGUUGUGCUAUGUGGCCAACCACUGCAGUAGAGAGUCCCACGCCAGGCAGCUCAGCUGUGGUGGUGAACUCGUUACCAUAGUGUGGCUUAUGGCAAGGCAUGCCAACUUGUCUUAA